AUAACUUGAUCACCCAAAACAAAUUCACAACAUUACAACCAUGACCAACUCACAUAACCCUUUAGUUGUUUUCCUUUUAACCUUUAUCUUUUCCCUCUUGUUAAUCACCAAUGUCAAAUCAGAAUCAUUUUCUUUCGAAUUCCCUGACUUUGACACCGACAGUGAAAGCAUCCUCGUGGACGGGGAUGCUAACACAACUGAUGGAGUACUACAAUUGACGAAAAAAGACCAACUUGGAAAACCAUUUCCACAUAGUGUUGGUCUUUCUGUAUUCUUCGGAGUUAUUCAUCUAUCUGAUAAACAAAGUGGUAAAGUUGCUGACUUUACCACCGAGUUUUCUUUUGUUGUGAACCCAAAAGGUUCAGAACUUCACGGAGAUGGAUUCACUUUCUUUAUUGCAUCAGUCGGUUUUGAAUUCCCAGAGAAUUCAACCGAUGGUGGAUUCCUUGGACUUUUCGAUAAAGAAACCGCCUUCAAUACCUCUAAAAACUCGAUCGUUGCGGUUGAGUUUGAUAGUUUUACAAACGAAUGGGACCCUCGUUACCCCGAAAACUCUCCUCAUAUAGGAAUUGACAUCAACACGAUUGAGUCUUCCGUCGUUGUUCCAUGGACGAUCGAUCAACAGCCAGAAGGAUCGAUCGGAAAAGCGGGCAUAACUUAUGGUAGCAACUCAAAAGAAUUGAGUGUGAUUGUAACUUAUGAAAAUAGUCCUGGAAAAGUUGAGACUUCAACUUUAUCAUAUCCUAUUGAUUUUGCAAAUGUUCUUUCAGAAUGGGUGGUUAUUGGUUUCUCAGGUUCCACGGGUGAAAUUGCUGAAACACAUGACAUUCUUUCAUGGUCUUUCACUUCGUCCUUGUAGAGAGCAUUUCAGCAUGGAGAAAAUAAAUUUACAAAUUGCAUGUUGAGAGAAUUAUAUAAUAUUGCUCUUUUAUUUUGUUAUUGUUGUAAUGGUUCUGUUUCCUAAUAAUGUUAUACAAAAGUUGUUAUGAUAUAUAUGAAGCAUUUAUCCAAUAAUAACACUUCAC